AUGGCCACACAACCAACCGUCGAUCCACAGGAUCCCUAUGGGUUCAAGCAUAAGGUGGGCAGGGACAUAGGCGCAGUCCAGGGGAAUUAUGCGAAACACCCACGCAUGCGGCCUUGGCCUGGAAUUUUUCAGGGAACGGCCUUUGGCUACAUGGCCCCGGUUCUGUUGGAUCCAUGGGCCACGCUCUCGCAGAAAUAUCCCCAGGUGAGUCAGAUCAUCCGAGAGCGUCUGGGGGCAGCGUUGAAGAGACGAAACAACGAAGAUUUUUCAAGAUGUAAUUGCCGAGACGACUCAGGUCACAGAUGCGACAGCGAGGCAUUUCAAUCCCAUAAUUGCACUUUACAUGACGAUUUGGGUGUUUUGACUCGUCCAGCACGCAGCACUGCCAUGUCUGUAUGCCUUUGUCCGGAUGUCUUCGAGAGACUACAAAUAUAUGGAAUCAUAGGUGCAGGAUCAUUCGGCGUCACUUAUCUUGCUCGAGAGAAAGGUGCUCCCGGUACUCCCCUAGAGGACCUCCAACAAUACGCAAUCAAGUCUAAGCUGCAUCACACACAAUGGGAGGACGAUCGCCUACGUCGCUGGACACCUGAGAUGGUAGCUUUCGACGAACCGAGCAACGAGAAGCACCAUAUACCAGAAGAAGCAGUGAUUCUAAUCUAUCUUGAUGGCAGUGACAGAUUCCCGCAUCUUGACUCGGUCUACACGCACGGUAUGUUCACUGCGAUCCUCAUGACUCCCUGCGUUGAUCCUAGUGAUGAAGGUGUUUCAGAUAUCGACGAGGAACACUUCAAAAAGGUCGAGAGGGGAGGGGGUAUAGCACGCCUCCGAAAGCGAUACCCCCGUUUUCCAGCUUUUGAUGGAAACUAUCUUAUGUCCAUUGACACCAAAGAGCCUCAACUGAAUGAACUGGAGGGCUGUAAAGUUGCUGCUCAGUUUCUUCAAGCUCUGAAUGAAUUGGCUGACAUGGGACUCUGGCAUGGCGAUAUCUCCAUUAACAAUUAUCUUAUGGACCAAAACCUAAAUGUUCAACUGAUCGAUUUCGGGCUGACUACCUUCUCACUUGAUCAGUGGGGGUUCCACAGGUUCAUAGACCAUUUUAUCACUUUUCACGAGUAUCAGAUGAUGCCUGAGCGAGCCACCGAACUAGAAAAAUAUGACAAUUGGAGAGAUCCUGGCCGCAACGAUGUCCGUAUCAGAAGCAUCUACUUACCAAACGACGAACGAAAAAUCUGCUUGUGGAAGUAUUCAACGCUCGUUUACGGCUUCUUACAUGGUUUCUGGCCCUGGGAUGAGCCAGUACCAAACAAACUAGAUUGGUAUGAUCGCUGGGCAGGUACAUACGGUGACCCGUGUUAUCCCGGUAUCAAACGUAGACGCAAGAGAAUGAUUAACGAGGAUGUACCUAUCAGCGAACACCUCUCGCAGGAUUGCAGAGAUAUGCUGCAGGCUAAUUUGGCCAGAGACCCGUCCGAACGACCCUCCAUAGGAGAGUUAUCGUCAUUCCCCUGGUAUUCCCAGUGGUCUGCUGAAGAGCUCGAGUCCGGUCGUCCUUUGAAAAGGCCUUGCCACCAAAAAUUCAACGACCAUAACAGGACAACGGGUCGUAAAGGGUUUCCAUGGCCAAGUGCAGCAAGGAAACUACCCCGAAAAAGACUUGCGCAUCGCACCAACCGUGCCAAUUAA